UGGUGCAAACUUAGCAGGACUCAGUAAAUCGAGCAGUGGAGUGAUGCUGGACUUUGAGUCUGCAGGCUGGUAUCCAGAGCCUGAGCUGCUGUGGUUGGACGGUGAGGGAAACCUCCUCCCUGCUGGACCUACAGAGACCCUCAGAGGUCCUGAUGACCUCUAUACUGUCAGCAGCAGAGUGACUGUGGAGAAGAGACACAGCAACAACAUCACCUGCAGAGUCCAACAGAAGAACAUCAACCAGAGCAGAGAGACACACAUACAUGUUCCAGAUGAUUUCUUUGGGCUCACAUGCAGUUCUGCAGUGCCCAUCACUGUUUGUUUGGCUGUUUGCACCAUUUAAGCAUCAGCAUGUGGUGUGUUUAUGUUUAAAUGGAGA